AUGAAUCUUCCCGGCCAGGAUGUAUUGUAUGACUUCCAAAAUCACACCAAGAACCUCCACCUCACUGCCAGCCCUGGCAUCUCAUCCGCACAACAACCUACGCAUCAGUCGAGCUCGCACGAGGAUGCUCUGAAUCGUCACACUUUCGCCCAUCAACCGCCCCCUCCAGUCGAGCCGAGCAACCCACUGCAGAAUUUCGAUCAUCCGCCCUACCAGCCUAGCUCACAGUAUGGAAGCAUCAAUCAUCAUGGCGGCCAGAUUCCGGAGGUAGAGCAAGCCGGCGAUGCCUUGAAUGAGUACUCCUAA